AUGGAGAAGGUCGCUCUUGGGAGGAUUCUCAUAGAAUUGCAGCUAUCCUUGAUAUGGAUAGCCUUCCCCGAGAUUCAUGUACAUGUUGUCAAUGUGAAAUUGGUUCUGUACCCUAAUGGAGACAAGAGCAGGAAUGGAGAUGGCUACAUAUCUCUGUAUUUGGUAAUUGCAGACACCACUGGUUUCCCUCCUGGUUGGGAAAUCAAUGCCAUCUUCAAGUUGUUCGUGUAUGAUCAGCUUCAGGACAGAUACUUGACAAUUGGAGAUGGGAGAUUGAGGCGAUUCUGUGCCAUAAAGAAUAAAUGGGGGUUUCCCCAGAUGCUUCCAUUAAGUACUUUUAACAAUGCAUCAAAUGGUUACUUGAUUGGUGAUUCCUGUGUGUUUGGAGCGGAGGUUUUUGUUGUCAAAAGUGAAGGUAAAGGGGAACAUUUUUCCAUGAUUAAGGAUCCUUCAGACGGUACUUUUACUUGGGAGGUUCAAUACUUCUCUGGAUUGACAGGAGAAUUUUAUUACUCUAAAGUUUAUUUGGCUGGAGGACAUGAAUGGAAGUUAAAGCUCUUUCCGAAGGGACAUAUAAAGCAAAGGGGCAAAUACUUGUCUUUAUUUUUGGAACUGGAUGAUUGCACCAAAUCUCAUACUGGAUGGAAACUGUUUGUGGGAUUCACACUGCGCAUUAAGGAUCAAGUCCAGAGCCAUCACCAUGAGAAAACCAUUCAUACGUGGUUCAAUGCAUCUGAGAAUGAUUGGGGUCUGGUGAACUUCAUAUCAUUGUCUGAUAUCAAGAAUCCAUCACACAACUUUAUUGUCAAUGAUACUUUGAUUGUUGAAGGGGUACUUAAUCGUUUAUCAGUUCUCAAGGAAUUUGCUUAA